CCCCUCCAAAUCAUUGUAUUCAAGCAUUCCAAUCACUUCCAUGGACCACAGGUGUAUAUAAUCAAGCACCUAGGCAUGCAGACUACUUCUACAAACAUUUGUGAAAGAAUUGGUUUACUCUCGGGGAGCUCAGUGAAUUCAAGUUUUGGUUGCCACCUGUGCAAUAAGUCCAUCUAUGAUAUUCCCUUGCUACUAAAUAUUACACUAUCAACUAUUAGUGGUAUUAUAACAAAGAGGAAGCGACUGGGAACAACAGCAAUUCAACUGUUAAUGGUAUUACACCAAAGUGGAAGCCAUUGAGAACAACAGCAACUUCUGCACAGUGCUCAGAAGUCUCCAACUGUCUACAGAGUCAGUAUCUAAGGACCUCCAAAUUUCAUGUGACCAUCAAAUUAGCACAACAACAGUGCAUAAAAAGCUUCAUGGAAUGGGUUUCUAUGGCCGGGCAGCUGCAAACAAG